AUGAGCGACGACGAGAAUCGCGUAUCGGAGAAGCCCGGGCCGAGCAGACAAAGAAACGACGCUCAAGAUGGCGGCGUAGCAACGGAAAUUUACCGCAUCGGCGUGAAAGUGCCUAUUUUUUGGCCGGAAAAACCGGCAAUAUGGUUCGCGCAGAUGGAGUCGCAAUUUGGUGUGGCGAAUAUUACUGCGGACGCUACUAAAUACAAUUACGUCGUGUCACAACUCGAUUCGCAAUAUGUUGCCGAGGUUGAGGACAUUAUUCUUGCGCCGCCGCCUACUGACAAAUACAAAAAAAUAAAAGAGGAACUCAUUAAAAGACUCUCUGUAUCCAGGCAGAAGAAGGUGAAGCAGUUGCUUAGCCAAGAAGAGUUAGGUGAUAGGAAGCCGUCCCAGUUUCUCCGCCACCUACGUCAUCUGGCUGGGCCGAACAUACCUGAUGAAUUCCUUUUAUCAAUAUGGACAUCUCGCCUGCCAAGUAACUUACAGUUUGUGAUUGCAGCGAAGCUCAAUGACCCAAUUGAAGAGCUUGCCGACUUGGCUGACCGCGUCCAUGACGUAUCUACCCCUCAAGUAGCCGCAGCGUCAGCGGCUGACCCACAGAUGGCAGUGCUCAUGCGUCAAGUGAGUGAGUUGGCCGAGGGCAUGAAGGCGCUGAAAAGUCAGUUCGGCAAUGAUAGGCAGUCGCGGUCAAGAUCUCGUGCGCCCAACAAGUCGCGUAACCGCUCCAGCUCACGCAGGUCGCAGUCCAGUUAUAGAAAGUUUCCUGAGUGCUGGUACCACGCGAAGUUCGGAGAGAAAGCGACAAGGUGUAUGAAACCGUGCGACUUCCAGGCGGGAAACGAGAGGGGCACUCGUUAG